GUAGCCAUAAAAAAAAAAAAAAAAAAAAAAAAGUAUUUUUAAUUUUUGUGCGAGAUUAAAAAACAUUAUUAUUUGUUGUGCGUCCUGGCGCUUUAUCCCGCAAUAAUUGUGUCAUUGAAUACUUUCUAUAAAAAUAAUUUAAUUGAUUAAGUUGGUAGCUAUAAAAAGUAAUAUUAUACUGUUUAAUUGCUUUUUACAAAGACAAUCUUGAUUAGUUUUUGAAUAGAAAAUUAAAUCUUAAAACAGAAUGCAUCUGGGGGUGAAUAUAUCUAACGCUUUGCAACAACUGGAGAGUGUGAAAGCUGCUGUUGAUCAAAGUGAUGAUCCAAAAUUGAAGGCUGCAACCAGCGAUGACUUGAAUAUGCUAAUAAGUUUACUAGAGAGUCCAAUAUUGAAGAGUAUAGCAACCCUUCAUGACUCAGUGGACAUGCUUGCAACUCAAGUGGCUCACCACCCCUCCAUAUUGCCAGGGGACUUUGACAUCACACCGGCUGGUGACUUGGCAUUGCAAGCCAGGAAUCUAUAUGGAAGUCAUGAGGGUGAGGAAGAACAACGAGUGCCGCAGGUGUCACCUCCUCAUAGUCUAGAGUUUGCUUCCAACUCUGAUAAUGAGCGCAUUUUGGGUCUUGACAGUGGGUCUGUAGAUUCAAAUAUGUCACCUAAACAGAGCCGAGGACUAUUGGAGAGUUCCCGCAAUGAAGACUCACUUGUCUCCGGAUCCCACAACAUAGUGGCAAGUGACUGGGCGCAAGUGGAAAUCAUAAAUCUCGUUAAUGAUGGCACUGGACUUGGAUUUGGCAUCAUUGGAGCUCGAACAAGUGGAGUUAUUGUUAAGACUAUACUAGCUGGCGGCGUAGCUGAUCGCGACGGACGCCUUAAAUCUGGAGAUCAUAUUCUUCAGAUUGGAGAUGUGAGCCUGGUGGAGAUGGGGUCGGAGCAGGUGGCGGGCGUGCUGCGCGCGUCGGGGUCGCGCGUGCGCCUCGUGGUGGCGCGCGCCGCCGACCCCGCCGCCGCGCACCCCUCGCCCGCGCCGCUCGUGCCCGCCAGGCUUCUUUCGGAUCCAGAGGAUUUGGAUCGGUACCUGAUGGAGGCCGGGUUUGAGCAGGUGUUCCACACUCAGCCUACAACACUAUCCGUCAACACCGCUGCUUCGAGAUUCGUGUUCGACAAACCGAUCACACCACCGCCUGAAUCUGAUGCAGAGUCACCGGAAGUCGACAGGUUCACUGUUCAAUUGAAGAAAGAUGAAAAUGGCCUCGGUAUCACCAUUGCCGGCUACGUGUGCGAGAAGGAGGAGUUGUCGGGUAUAUUCGUGAAGUCGGUGACGGCGGGCAGCGCGGCGGCGCUGAGCGGCAAGGUGCGCGUCAACGACCGCAUCGUGGCCGUGGACGGCGUGUCGCUCGCCGGCAAGUCCAACCAGCGCGCCGUCGACGCGCUCAAGCAGAGCGGCAGCGUCGUCACGCUCGAGCUGGAGAGAUACUUACGCGGUCCGAAGUACGAGCAGCUGCAGCAGGCGAUCGCGGCGGGCGAGGGCGCGGCGCCGGCGAGCCCGCACAACCCCUUCCUGCACAUGCACAAGGCCGACGCCGACAGCGACCGCGACAUACCCAUGCACCAUAUACACGCGCCGCCUGCUGAAGUUGUGGUGGAAGAACCUAAACCUACUGGACCUCCAUUCGAUAUGCCACGCACGCCGGAGCAAAAGGAAGCUAUCCGGAGGAAAUGGCAAGCUAUAUUGGGUGACGACGUUGAAAUCGUGGUUGGUGUGGUGAUGCGCGGCGGUGGAGGGUUAGGUAUUUCACUGGAAGGCACUGUGGAUGUCGAGGGCGGGCGGGAGGUGAGGCCGCAUCAUUACGUGCGCUCCGUGUUGCCCGAGGGACCGGUCGGACGCGCCGGAGUGCAUCGCCCUGGAGAUGAAUUGCUUGAGGUGAACGGUCACCGGCUGCUGGGCAUGAACCACCUGGAGGUGGUGUCGAUCCUGAAGGAGCUGUCGAGCGAGGUGUGCAUGGUGUGCGCGCGCCCGCGCCCCGCGCCGCCGCUCGACCUCGCGCCGCCCGCGCCCACGCUUGUCAAGGCGAAAUCUGAUGGUAGCCUGGCAGGCGCCGGCGCGGAGGAGGGCGGCUCGCUGUCGACCGGCGGGAAGGUGCGCUCGCGCAGCCUCGAGCCGCUCACCGGACUCGCCAUGUGGUCCUCCGAACCGCAGAUUAUAGAGUUGGUGAAAGGUGAGCGCGGUCUCGGGUUCUCGAUUUUGGACUACCAGGACCCGCUCCGUCCUUCGCACACGCUGGUGGUGAUUCGGUCGUUGGUUCCGGGCGGCGUGGCGCAGCAGGACGGCCGGCUCAUACCAGGAGACCGGCUGCUAUUCGUCAACGAUCAGAACCUAGAGGACGCGAGCCUGGAGCAGGCGGUGGCGGCGCUGAAGGGCGCGGCGCGGGGCGUGGUGCGCAUCGGCGUCGCCAAGCCGCUCCCGCUCGCAGACGCGCCGCCGCUGCCGCCCACGCCCGCGCCCGCGCCCGCCUCCGCCUCCGCCUCCGCCGCGCACUGAAGUCGCGCCCGCCUCGAGAUAUAUUCACACAUCACUUUUCGCAUCCACGACACUCUUUGAAUUAUUCGCAUUAUACUAUUUUUGAAAGGCAUUUUCAGUUAGUAAAUUAAUGACACCUGCUUAAA